GCUGCCGAGCCCCGGGCGGAGAGGCGGCGGGGGAGGAGGAGGGACGGAGUGCCUGGCGGACGCGAGGAGAGAGCGAGCGAGCGGACUUCACCUCGCCCAGGAGCACCGCGAGCCACCGUUCCACGCUCCCGGCGCCGAGCCGCUGGGGCUCCGUCCGCCUCGGCCAGACCCCGGCUCCGGGCUCCGGGCUGCAGCUUCCCCGGGAGCCCUGGGCGCGGGAGGGGCCGGGGGCUUUCUGCACCCAAGGAGAAAAGAGACGCUGGAAGAGAGGGAGAGAGCAGCAAUUGUCUGACCCCCUGGAAAUUGCUAAAUUGCUUAUUUGACCUGUUUGAAGAGGUCGCCCUAGCUCAAUGAAUAAGGGGUUGCUGAGCUAACUCCGAGCUGGAGGGUGACUUUUCCAAGACACAGUGACUUGUCCUGAGAGCUGGCGUCACCAUGGCUGCUGGAGUCGCAGCUUGGCUGCCCUUUGCCAGGGCGGCAGCCAUUGGCUGGAUGCCCGUGGCCAACUGCCCCAUGCCCCUGGCCCCGGCCGACAAGAACAAGAGGCAAGAUGAACUGAUCAUCCUCAACGUGAGCGGGCGCAGGUUCCAGACGUGGCGGACCACCCUGGAGCGCUACCCCGACACCCUGCUUGGCAGCACGGAGAAGGAAUUCUUUUUCAAUGAGGACACCAAGGAGUAUUUCUUUGACCGAGACCCAGAGGUAUUCCGCUGCGUCCUCAACUUCUACCGCACGGGGAAGCUGCAUUACCCUCGCUACGAGUGCAUCUCGGCUUACGACGACGAGCUGGCGUUCUACGGCAUCCUUCCCGAGAUCAUCGGGGACUGUUGUUACGAAGAGUACAAGGAUCGCAAGCGGGAGAAUGCUGAGCGUCUGAUGGAUGACAAUGACUCUGAGAACAACCAGGAGUCCCUGCCGUCGCUCAGUUUCCGCCAGACCAUGUGGCGGGCCUUUGAGAACCCGCACACGAGCACGCUGGCCUUGGUCUUCUACUAUGUCACGGGCUUCUUCAUCGCAGUUUCCGUCAUCACUAACGUGGUGGAGACAGUGCCCUGCGGCACGGUACCCGGGAACAAGGAGCUGCCCUGUGGCGAGCGCUACGCGGUGGCCUUCUUCUGUCUGGACACGGCCUGUGUCAUGAUCUUUACUGUGGAGUACCUGCUGAGGCUCUUCGCGGCCCCCAGCCGCUACCGCUUCAUCCGGAGUGUGAUGAGCAUCAUUGAUGUGGUGGCCAUCAUGCCCUACUACAUUGGGCUGGUGAUGACCAACAACGAGGAUGUGUCUGGCGCCUUUGUCACGCUACGGGUCUUCCGAGUCUUCAGAAUUUUCAAGUUCUCUCGGCAUUCCCAGGGCUUGCGAAUCCUGGGUUACACGCUGAAAAGCUGCGCUUCAGAGCUGGGCUUCCUUCUCUUUUCCCUCACCAUGGCUAUCAUCAUCUUUGCCACUGUGAUGUUCUAUGCCGAGAAGGGUUCUUCUGCCAGCAAAUUCACAAGCAUCCCGGCUUCCUUUUGGUAUACCAUUGUCACCAUGACUACACUGGGAUAUGGGGACAUGGUGCCCAAGACCAUCGCAGGGAAGAUCUUUGGUUCCAUCUGCUCCCUGAGCGGCGUCCUGGUCAUCGCCCUGCCUGUCCCCGUCAUCGUCUCCAACUUCAGUCGGAUUUACCACCAGAAUCAGAGAGCUGACAAGCGACGAGCACAGAAGAAAGCCCGCCUUGCCAGGAUCCGUGUGGCCAAGACCGGUAGUUCCAAUGCCUACCUGCACAGCAAGAGGAAUGGUCUUCUCAACGAAGCCUUGGAGCUGACAGGUUCCCCGGAGGAUGAGCACCUGACCAAGACCACAUCACUCAUUGAGAGCCAGCAUCACCACCUGCUGCACUGCCUGGAGAAAACUACUGGGUUGUCCUAUCUUGUGGAUGAUCCCCUGUUAUCUGUACGAACUUCCACCAUCAAGAACCAUGAGUUUAUCGAUGAGCAAAUGUUUGAGCAGAACUGCAUGGAGAGCUCGAUGCAGAACUACCCGUCCACAAGAAGCCCAUCGUUGUCCAGCCACACAGGCCUAACCACCACCUGCUGCUCCCGUCGAAGCAAGAAGACCACCCACCUGCCCAAUUCCAACCUGCCUGCCACCCGCCUGAGGAGCAUGCAAGAGCUCAGUACCAUCCACAUCCAGGGCAGUGAGCAGCCCUCACUCACAACCAGUCGUUCCAGCCUUAAUUUGAAAGCAGAUGAUGGACUGAGACCCAACUGCAAAGGAUCCCAGAUCACUACAGCCAUCAUCAGCAUCCCCACCCCGCCAGCACUGACCCCAGAGGGGGAGAGCCGACCACCACCAUCUAGCCCUGGUUCCACCACGAACAUUCCCCCAAUAGGCAGCAACAUCGUCAAGGUCUCUGCCUUGUAAAGCCACUGAGGGAAGGGCUGGUGGAAGGGCUGGCAGGAGGGAUGGGGAGGUGAAGGGAGCCUGUUGGCCCAGGCUGUUCCCUUCUCCUUCCCCUGCCGCUCCUGUCUGUCCUGGUUGUACCCCUCACACUGAAACUGUGCCUGCAAGCAGGAAGGAGACACUACUGCAGCCGCUGCCACAGGGGACAGAGCCCCGGGCUCUGGAGACACACAGAGGCAGGGCAGGAAGGCAGGGGACAGGGACCUGGGGAGGGGCCGUGUGCCAGGCCAGGGCCUGGCGGGGUGUGGUGGGGGGGGAGCCUCAGAUCAAACUAAUGAUUGUUUCUGGAGACCCCAGCGAGGAAAACCCAAGAACGAGAGCGCAGCACAGAGGCCAAGAAAUCACAUGCAAAACAGGAAGGAAAUAUUAACACUGUGUAUUUAAGCACCUUUUUCAAGGCUUUUAAUGGAUAAUAUUUAUUCAUGGGACAUGACUGAAAAAAAAAAAGGUGGAAAACAAAGCAGAAAAACAACAGAUUUUUGUGAAAUGUUUUUCUCCAUGGACCCAAUACCUUUAACUAAACCAAAACAAUGCAUUUUAUGAGGUUUUUUUUUUUUCCU